AUGCAUAAGCUUUCACUGUUACAAUGGAUUCAUAGUAGAAAGGGUCCGCGCACGGCGCAGCUGUCCCGCGGGUACCAGUCAGAAGGCGCUCCGCCCUCGCUGGCCCCGCGACUCCGCUCUCUUGCGAGAGGAGCAAUCAGCAAAACGCGACUCCCGCGACCACGGACCAGUCGGCAGUGGCAGUCGCCCCGCGCUCGUGCUACGCGUCACGAAGUGGUGCCAUCAAUUUGGAAAGUUGGAUUUUAUAAUAAAAUAAUGGCCUUAGCGAGGUAUCAUCAACAAUCCGCACGCGCCUCGCGAAUGAAGCUCGGGUCGGGCAGCGAGUGCGGCGGUGGGGGGUCGGGCGGCGGCGCGCCCGCUCCACAAUCGGCGCGCGUAUCCUCCAACGGUUCUGGCGGGAUGGCGGUGAGCCGCGUGCCGAGCCCGUUGCACGACGGGAACACGCCUGUAGCGGAAAAUUGGUGCUUUACACAGGUUAAAGUGGUCAAGUUCAGUUAUAUGUGGACAAUAAACAAUUUUAGUUUUUGUAGAGAAGAGAUGGGAGAAGUGUUAAAAUCAUCGACAUUCUCAGCCGGUGCUAGUGACAAAUUAAAGUGGUGUCUUCGCGUAAAUCCUAAAGGACUCGAUGAAGAGAGUAAAGACUAUUUAUCGUUAUAUUUAUUAUUAGUGUCGUGUAAUAAAUCAGAAGUUCGUGCAAAGUUUAAGUUUUCUAUAUUAAAUGCGAAAAGAGAAGAAACAAAGGCGAUGGAAUCACAACGUGCUUACAGAUUUGUUCAGGGCAAAGAUUGGGGAUUCAAAAAAUUUAUAAGAAGAGAUUUCCUAUUGGACGAAGCGAACGGACUAUUACCCGAAGACAAACUGACCAUAUUUUGUGAAGUGUCAGUUGUCGCAGACAGCAUUAAUAUUAGCGGGCAGAGUAACGUCGUUCAGUUCAAAGUCCCGGAGUGUCGCUUAUCGGACGAUUUGGGUGCGUUGUUCGACAAUGAAAGGUUCUCGGACGUCACGUUAGCAGUAGGCGGCAGGGAGUUCCAGGCGCAUAAAGCUAUAUUAGCAGCGCGGAGUCCCGUGUUUGCGGCCAUGUUCGAACACGAAAUGGAAGAAAGAAAAAGAAAUCGAGUGGACAUCACUGACGUAGACCACGAAGUGUUACGAGAAAUGUUAAGAUUUAUAUACACAGAUCGUGCGCCAAAUCUCGACAAAAUGGCAGACGAUUUAUUAGCGGCCGCAGACAAGUACGCGCUAGACAGAUUAAAGGUGAUGUGUGAAGAAGCUCUCUGCCUCAGCCUGUCGGUGGAGACGGCGGCCGACACGCUCAUACUCGCCGACCUGCAUUCUGCCGACCAACUCAAAGCGCAGACGAUAGACUUCAUUAACACGAGUCACGCGACGGACGUGAUGGACACGGCGGGCUGGAAGAACAUGAUCUCGUCGCACCCGCACCUCAUCGCCGAGGCCUUCCGCGCGCUCGCCACGCAGCAGCAGCAGAUCCCGCCCAUCGGGCCGCCGCGCAAGCGCGCCAAGCAGGCG